CGAAGUACACAUUAAGGAAGGGACAUAAAAGUCACAUAGAUAACUUGCGCAAUGGCUGGCGGAGCCGGAUUUAGUCCCGAUAUAGCAUCAAUGUCAUGGCAAACUGAAUCACCUUGCCUACGUCAUUGCCUAUUUCCGCCUGCCAUUCGGUUAUUAAUUGUUUACCUGCGACCAUACUUUGAAAUAUCGAGUGACUAUUGUGGAAUCUAGGGCGAGGCAUAAUAUUUCUGGCUGUCAUAAACGCGUGGACGUCGACAUCUUUAGACACGGUGAAAAUAUAUCUGAAUUGAAAUCAAAACUGAAUCAAAAUGGGUCUAGGUUGCGGAGCCAAGUGCGCAAAAUACAUAUUAUUUGUCUUCAAUAUAAUCUUUUUCCUCUUGGGAGGGGCCUGUCUUGGGGUUGGAAUCUGGGUCUUGUUGGACUCGAACGCCAGCAACUGGAUCGACAAGCUUCUUAAUAUCAACUCCGAUGUGGCGGGCAUUACGAGCUCCUUCGAUGUCGCUGGACUGCUGAAGACAGGAGCGUAUAUGCUGAUCGCCGGCGGUGGAGCAGUCUUCGUCAUCGGCUUCCUCGGUUGCUGUGGAGCUGUAAAAGAGUGGCGCCCCCUCUUGGUUUUGUACGCCAUUCUCAUUGGAAUCAUCUUCAUCAUUGAGAUAACAGGCGGUGUGUUGGCCGUGGUCUUUAACGGACGGGUCCAGACAGAGGUGAAGACCUACCUGACCGGCACCAUUAAGGACAAAUUUGACGGCAAACUGAACACAUCUGAACCCAUCUCUCUGGCCUGGAACUACGCCAUGGGAGAGUUGCAAUGUUGUGGUGUCACUAAUGGCAGCGACUUCAACAACGCCAGCGCCUGGGACAAAACUGUCACUUACAAUGGAGCCUCGGUCACUGUCACCUAUCCGCUGUCUUGCUGCAAGUUGACGGAUUCUGGGAAAACGAAGUACAAGAACGGUCAAAUCGGCAGUCUUUCUAACUCCGACUACGUGGACAUAGCUAACUGCGUCAAUAGCCCAUCCACAACCAACGCUAACAUCGACAUUGGCUGUUACGACAAAGUAAAGGACUUGGUGAUGUCGUAUAGCAGCAUCGUUCUCGGGAUCGGCAUUGGCAUCGCUGUCGUGCAGCUGCUGGGCAUCAUAUUUGCAUGCUGCCUUUGUCGCUCCAUCACGAAGAACUUGAACGAAGUCGUUUAGACCCCGAACAACUUCUAGCAGCUUUUUUCUUUUACUCGGUAUCAUUUUCGCAUGCUGCCUGUGUCGGGCCAUUGGAAAAGAGGAGGACUAAUCACAUCCCGUUUGCACGAGACUUUAUUUUAACUAUAUCUGAUCACGUUUCUUCGAGAUAUCUGGAUAAUAGCCUUACUAGCCUAACUAGAACUAUUUAGAACAGAGAUCAUCCCUAAUAUAUAUUAUGUAUCAUUUAUUUAUUUAUUUACGAUGAAUGCUUUUUUUUUUUACUAAGUGCCUUAUUUCGAUAACAAAGCUUUCAGCAAUGUUAAUAAGCCGUGUAACUUGUACUGGUCAUUGUUGUAUUUCUUUGAAAUGUGCCCAGUCUCACGUAGUUUUUUAAAUUCAAGUUUAUUUUUUAUUUGACGGUUUUUGAAGAGAUAUAUAAGUCUAUAUAUCACACAUAUUGUGACACGUAUACGCAGGGGUAUGUCUCAGCCGUGUCACUUCACAGUGCUGUAAAUACCAGUACUGAGAAAUGUUGCCAAUUGUACCCAAGGCAGUAUUUCAUUACCUCAUUUAUAGUUUUAAAUUGAGCCUUGGUUGAUUUGUGCGAAAUUAGAUAAUUUUAUCAGAUGUCAAAGAUUAGCUCCAGCUUCUCCGUUUUAAUGCUGCACACGUGGAUAUAUUCAGAUAAAAAGGAAUGUUAUUUACAUAUUCAUCAAGAUGGUGAAAUACAUUUUGCAUGUAUUUUGAGUUGAUGAGUGCUGUGUGCAGCUUGUUAUGAUGUAUGGCAUCAAAGAAUAGCUUCAACGGGCUAAUUUUUUCAAGUCCUAUAUUAUAAAAGCGACAAAUCUUUGAUAUCUUCUGCUUUCUUUAUAGCUCCUGGGCAUCAUAUUCGCUUGCUGUCUGUGCAAAGCUAUUGGAGACGAAAAGGACGACGAUUAAGGAUUAAGGAGCGAGGAAUGUGAUGCCUG